AUGUCAGAUUUAAAUAUACAACACCAAAUGAGUAGUAGUCCAUCUACCUCUAACUUUCACGAUAAUAGAAAGUCUGUUUACAUUCAACAGUCAAACAACAAUAGCAAUACUGGACGUUCACCACAAAGAAGCGGAGGUGAAUGGGGAUUUGUUGGUAAAAUCGGUGUUGCCAAGACAUCGGUACUUCAAAAGAUAGGAAAGGUUGAAGUGACACAAUCAACACCAGAAUUGGUUAUUAAUAAUAUAAAGGCAAAAGCACUUAAAUUGCUUUAUGAAGACACACUAAGAACUUCAAAAAAGUUGGUUAGCAAACUAGAGGCACAGGACAAGGCCACAGAGAAUCUCAAGACUGCUCUCACUGCCAUCACCAACUACUACACCAACGAGUCAAUGACUGGCCAGUCCAUCGAAUCUGUCGUCACUCUUCACAAUGAAUUGAUUCAAUACCGUAUUAAAUUUGAACAAUCCAUCAACAAUCGUUAUAUUCUUCCAGCCGAUGCUUUUCUUCAAACUACUAUUAAUCCUGCAAGAGAUGCAAAAGCUAAAUUUAGAAAAGCAAGAUUAGAAUAUGAUUCAGCAUUGAAUAAAUUAAAGAUGGUACAAGGACAAAAGGAAUUGGAUGCCAAAUCAUUGUUUUCAGCACAUGGUCAUCAUGCCCAAUACAAACUUAAAUAUUUGCACCGUCAAUACGACGCUCAUCACGCACUCCAUGAUACCAUCACUCGUCACUCGUUUGAAUAUUUGGUUCAAUCCAUUAAUCUAUUAGCAAGCGAAUACGAUCACUAUGGAUCUACAUGUGCCUAUCUCACUCAAAUGGAACCAUUCAUCCAAGAGAUGCGUACCCAUGCCGAAAAGCAAAGACAAGAGUAUCAAGAAAAAAAACAAGAAGAAACAAAUGCCCUUUUAGAAAUUGCAAAUGAAAAGGAAGAAACUAAAUUUAAUGAAUUAGUAGAGAUUUUCUCAUCAGCAGAUUUAGCAGUUGUAAAUGCUAUUUGUUUAUCAUCUGGUAGUGAUCAAGAUAAUAUUCUUGAGGAUUUGGUAAAGAUUUUAGAUGCUCAUAAACAAACAUUACCAAUCAUCAAGUUGGGUAUUUCCAAAGAAGUAGAAUCCACGCCAUCUGCUUCAACACUUUUCAGAGGAAACAGUACAGCCACCAAGUUGAUGACAGCUUUCACCAGAAUGACUGGUUGUGGAUACCUAAAGACCACCCUCAAACCACUCAUUGAAAGAAUUACCAAAGAUCCAAGUGGAUAUGAACUUGACCCAGACAAAGGUGUAGAUACAACUGGAAACAGUGAAAGAUUGCAAGGUAUCUGUCAAGAGUUCCUUGAAUCUAUUUAUAGUUCCUUAAAUCAUUGUCCUUUACCAUUUAGAGAGAUGGCAAAUCAUUUACAAACUGAAGUAGUAAAAAGAUUCCCAGAUAGUAAACAUACUUCAGUUGGUGGUUUUAUUUUCUUGAGAUUCUUUUGUCCAUGUAUUCUAUCACCAGAUAGUGCUGGUGUGGUCGACACUUCAUCACUUACAAUGGAAGCUAGACGUUCAUUGAUUCUUGUAAGCAAGGUUCUCCAAAAUGUUGCCAAUGGUAUUCUAUUUGGUGCCAAGGAGGCCUACAUGAAGGAAAUGAAUUCGUUUUUAGAGAGAAAUAUCGAGGGUGUCAAGGUAUUCUUGGACAAUGUUGCUACAUUGCCACCAAGCACAGACUAUACUCCAUUAGCAUCGAUACAAGAGGUCAAAGCUAAAGAAUUACCAUCCAUUCAUAAAUUAUUAAUUAAGAAUCUUGAAAAGAUAUUCAAGACUCUGGGUCAAUACAAUCAACAAUCUGUAACCUUCUCACUUGUAUCAGCAUUGGGAAGACUUGGAGAUACAAAUUAA